UUUAUUUGAUUUGGUGCGAUGAUUUUGUUGUCGUUGUCGCCGUUGUUGGUGGCGAAGUCGCUGACGUUUUGUUGUGUUGCGCAUCGCGGCGCAUUGUCGUUUCUCGGUUUUCACAUAUUUUAUAUGACCGUAUAUGAAUAUGGAAUUUAUAGCGCUUACAUAUGUUACAUUCUGGGGGCUACCUCACAGCCCACCUCCUUAUAAUGCAAUCCUCUGCCGACUCUUAUCGUUAUCAAAUCAACACCUACAGCAAUCUGCUGCACGCUAUCCGAGAAAGCAUCAUUAUCGCUUGCAAUAACAUCAUUAUUCCGCCGAAAACAACGCGACUGUUAACAGCAGUCAUAAGUGUACGCGUCGCGGCAUCAAUUGAAAUCGAGAACGCCAAUCGGAGAAAUCGAAAGCGCGCAAGUGAACAAUAUGUACUCACAUAUGCAUAUUGAUUGAUACGGUUCGGAACCGUUGGACACUAGGCCUCCAGAGAAUUAGAUAAAUUAACCAUGUUUCCGGUUCGUCAUUGCCCGCCUUCUAUUCGUUGCACUCCGCAUGAGAUAAGUAGAUUCGUGUUUAUUGCUGCUAAUCACAAAAAAUAUAUGUGUGACAAGUAGCCAUGUAGCCGGUAAAUUUCGUUGGAUAUGGGGAAGCUAGUUGCGAAAGUUUAUUUGCAAGUCAUUCCACUGAUAUUGUGGAAGACAAUGUGUUUGUUGAUUUCAAUUUGUUUUUAAAACCGAACAACUUCAAAAAACAAAUUUCAAACAUUCAAAAUAUUGGGAUUAUACUAAUAGACUAUGGAUUAUGAGGACAUCUGGGUUUGGAACAAUAACCGCGUUUUCACUGCAUUCUAAGCAUAUGCUAUAUGGCGCCAAGACGAAGAUAUGAAUAUUUUAUAUUGCCCGAAAAAUUAUAGGGAGUGUAGCUUUGGUUAUCUACCAUACAUAUGUACAUCUCUUAUUUAUUCUAUAUUUAUUAUAGGCUAUAUUCGGUUACAGGUUCAUUCGUUAUUCCUGAGAAAGUGUUGGCAAACUACUACACAUAGUUUUUUCAUGAUUCCCAAUCAAUUACCCUUUUCCGAAUGUGUAUGUGCAGCGAAUAGAGGAAAAUCUAUAAUUACUGAAUUUAAUUGCAAAAACUAAAAUAAACAAUAUCAAUAUCGCCAUAACAAAUCAAUCAAUACCAAUAUGACAACAUGCAACAGAAGUGUGUAUGAUGUGAGAGGGAGCAAUGGGGGGGUAAAGUGUUUACAUUUUGUCGCGACGACGGUUAAAUGAUUAUACAUAUUUGCAACAGACGCGUCUGUCUGUCUGCCUGCCUGGAUUUCUAUGAUGACUGCAUUUAUGACUGCGACUGCAAUAUAAAAGCGAUCAGCCGGGGUGCGCCGUGACUGCGCUGCAGACGCGGCCGCGGCGUACGCAUAUCGCAGAACAAAUCGUAAAUUUCGCAUGUGAAAAAUUACAAUAUAUACGUAUCUAUAUGUAUAUAUCUCCAUAUAAGCAAACAUAUAUGUAUACACGUAGAGAUUUUUACGUUGUUUGCGGUUUUCGUUGGCAUUAUUUGACUUUAUGGACUGAGGUAUUUUUACUUUUUUUUUGUUUUAUUAUUUGCUGAGUUUUGCACUUAUUAGAAACUUUAGAGGUUUGCUGAUUGAAUUGACAGGUUUUCGGUUUCGGUUUAGCUGACACUCUCAGCUGGUGGUAGUGGUGGGCUUGUGGAAUCGCGCAAAUUUUCGCGUGGAUGAAAGUAGCAUAUAACGUCACAUCUACUAAACGCGUCGCAGAUAAUCGUUAAUCUUCUUAUAUUUUUACAAAUGCGCAUACAAAGAUGAACUUGGAGCAACUCGAUAGUCUGAGAUACAAUUAUCAGUUAAUAUCCUACAUACGGUAUCGUGUUUAAAAGUUAAAUGGUUAUUUGUGUAAAUAUAAAUUAAUCGAUCUAUGGAACUAAACGACUAGCUAAUGAGGAAGCAAACUCUUCAACACUAUCAGCAGCAGUUGGCUGCGCAGCAACAGCAGCAGGCAGUACAGCAACAACAAUUACAGCAACAGCAGGCCCAUCAAGUGGUCGUGCAACAAAAUCAACAGCAAGCACAUCAAAAUAAUGCCAACACCACUUCUGGUGUAGGCACCCAACAGUUAUUUACCUAUAAAAUGGCCAGUAGCUUCCCAAAUCCAGCCACGACCAUGGCGCAGGUGGUCGCUACCUCAAAUGCGGCCGGUUCAACCGGCUACGAUUAUCGUCUUAAUAUGGCACAAGCAGCUGCAGCGGCCGCGGUACCCGGUUCACAAUGGUGGUAUUCGGCUGCGAAUUCUGGACAGAUAGAUGCCAAUACCGCAGCACAGUUGCAGCAGCAACAACAGCAGCAGCAGCAACAGGCACAGCAACAGCAGCAACAGCAACAACAACAGCAGCAGCAACAGCAAGCGGCUCAACAACAGCAACAGCAGGCUCAACAGCAGCAACAGCAAGCGGCUCAACAACAGCAGCAACAACAGGCACAGCAACAGUUACAGCAGCAACAACAGAAUGCCACAGCGAGCACGAUGAUUCGUGGUGCUAAAGCAGAUGCGAAGCCUCGAGGCCGUAUGACAGCGUACGCUUACUUUGUACAAACAUGCCGAGAGGAGCACAAGAAGAAGCAUCCCGAUGAGACAGUCAUCUUUGCCGAAUUCUCCCGAAAGUGCGCUGAGCGAUGGAAGACAAUGGUGGACAAGGAGAAGAAGCGCUUCCAUGAGAUGGCCGAAAAAGAUAAGGCGCGAUAUGAGAUGGAAAUGCAAAAUUAUGUACCACCCAAAGGCACCGUGGUCGGCCGUGGCAAGAAGAGGAAAAUGAUUAAGGACCCGAACGCGCCGAAAAGAUCAUUAUCUGCAUUCUUCUGGUUUUGCAAUGAUGAACGUAACAAAGUUAAAGCUGCGAAUCCUGAGUACGGUGUUGGCGAUAUAGCCAAAGAGCUCGGCCGUAAGUGGUCCGAUGUGGAUCCAGAGGUCAAACAAAAGUAUGAGUUAAUGGCUGAGAAGGACAAGGCGCGCUACGAGCGGGAAAUGACCGAGUACAAAACUAGCGGGAAAAUUCCGAUGUCCGCGCCUUCAAUGAUAGCACAACAGGCUGCAGCGCAGAAAGCCGCGUUACUUGCUGCAAGUUCGCAGCAGCAUGAGGAGCAUGGAGACGAUGAUGGCGACGGUGAUGAUGAUGAAAAUCAAUAGAUUUAAGCAAACAUACAAAAUAAACAAGAAGCAGAGAGGAGGAGAGCAUAUAAGAUAAAAAAAAACAAAAGAAAAAACAAACAAAAAAAGAAAGAAUUAAUAAUUUUCCACUCAAAAAGAAAAUGGAACUUAUAUAACGUAAUAUUUAAGUGAAUAAAAACCAGAAAUAUUGAUUGAGAUAUAAGAACCCAAGCAGAAAGUAACAAAUAUUAAAACAAUAAAACAGACGAGAAUUCAAAAAAAAAAAGAAAAUAAUGAAAUUUAACAGGGAGAAAAUACAUACAAAAACGUUAUGUAAAAAAUACAAAACGUAGUAAAUGUAUGCCGCAAAUGCGAAAUCAAAGCUAAAAGUAGUUGUAGCUCCAGCAAGCACUAUCAAGGAAAUCAAGACACUAUGCUGUACUCAAAAUAACAAUACUUUCAAAUCAAAUCAUCACUGCUUUAAAAAUCAUGGCGGCACAUACAAACGACAAGUACGUACAUCAUGCAUUCAUUAUUGUUAUUAAAAUUUCGUAAAAUCAACUGAAUACCAACUGUAGAGAGUAUUCUACAAGUUGAAGUGACUCCCAAACUGCUCCCCAACAAACAUUUACUGCUCAUUUUGAGUGUUGAAAUAGACACAAGCGAUCAACAACAAAUAACAGCAAAUAUGAAACUAAAUAACAAACACCAACACAAAUCAUAACUCACCAUCAAUAGCUAGUUGACAUCGUGCAAAGAGUAAAAAUCAAGGCAUCUUUGAAAAUAAUAAUGGCAAACAACUCAGAUACGAUUAUUUUAUAAUUAUACACUAUUGUUUCGUUUAAUUUGAUUUAUUGUAACAUUAGCAAUAAAUGUUAGGAUUAAAGAGAGACACUCAUAGUUUAGGGGCAAAUAAGAAGAAAAGAAGAGAAAAUAUAAUAUAAUGAAAAAAGUCAAUAUUAAAGUGGCGUAUGCGCUUGACUUUAAAUGCAAACGCAUUAGAAUUUAUUAUUUUAUCAUCGUUCCGAUUAUUGGCAGUUAUUAUUAAUAUUUUUCAAAAACUAGCAUUUAAUGUUGAUAUAAAAACAAGAUUACAAAAAAAAAAAAUGAAAAAGAAAACAAAAGCAAAAAAUAGAAAUCACAUUUUUUCGUUCGUUUAAUAUGUAAAAAGAAUAUAUUUUAAUUUACCUUUUCAAAAUCAUAAAACAAAAACGAAACAAAAACAAAAACACUUACAAGAAAUGUUAAGACAAAGCUUAAGGACAACUGAAAACGAAAUAUUUUGAAAUAUUUUUAUAAAUACAUAAGUGCGGUUGAAUUUCUGUAUGAAAACUAUGUACGAGUAUCUCGAAUGUGAAUAUUUUGAGGCGAUUAUUACAUACAUACAUAUAUUACAUACUAUGUAUAACUGCUAGCCACAAUACAUACAUACAUAUAUUACAUACUAUGUAUAACUGCUAGCCACAAUACAUACAUACAUAUAUGAAUAAGCAACAGUUAUAUAAUUGUAUACUACACUCAUACAGCAGCAGCAAAAAAAUACAAUAACAAGAUUACAAACAAUAUAAUAAAUUUAUAUAAUGUACGAUAAGAUUUAGAAUAUACGUAUGGUGAAAACCCAAAAAAAAAACUAUGCAAUUUUUUUCACAAACCACCUUUUGGCAGUCGAUUGGAGUUUCCAAAAUUUUGACGGGUACUUUGAAAAUAUGCUUUUUAGUAAAUUAAUGUUUAAGACGUGAAAAUAACAGCGGUGUUUUCAUAACUUUUGAAAUAUUGCAUAUUCGUUUUAUGAAACAGUGCUUUUUUUAUUUCAGUACUUCAAAUUUUUGUGUAUGUGAAGUGAAGGUUAGUAUUGAAUAUUUGUUUGAUUUUAAUCAACACUAGCGUGAUUAUUACGCUAUAUGUUUACUAAACCUCACUCAGGAUAUUUUUUUAAUUGUUAAUACACACACACUUUCAAAUUUUUUUUUUUCAAAAACCUCUUUUCGGUAAGUUUACAAAUAAAAGUUUUAAAAUAAAAUGGGACAUCAGCAGGUAUCAAAAUAUUGUACAUAGAUUAUAUAAAUUUAAUAUUAGAAUGAAAUUUGUGGGAAUAGUCAAAAGUAUAUAGAAGAAAGUUAAAGAUUUGAAUUUGGGAGAACGGGUGGUAAAAUGUUUGUUUAAUUAAAUUAAUUGUUUUAAUAUUUUUUCUUAUUAUUUUCGAAUUUCACAAAAUUACAAACAAAAUUUCUUUAAAUUGAAAUUGUUUGCAAUGUAUGCUUGAAAUUCAGUUAAUCUUUAAUGAAAUUAUAAAUUUGCCGUUACAUUAUAAAUUUUUGAAAGUGAUACGCUUUGGGAAUAUAUUUCUUUGUGUAGAACGUGCAGUGGUGUAAUUUUUUUGUGCGUAAUAUCAAAAAUUUCUAUAACUUAUGGCAACCAUGUUUUUUGUCGUCAUCAACAAUAAAAUUUUAAAUUUAAAAAAAUUAUAUUAAUUUAUUUCUUAUCAUAUCUUUAUAUGGAAUUUUUGUGCUUUAACAAGAAUUUUUGAUCUGAAAGCUAUUGUUUGGGUUGCCAUUUUUUUAAGUGUUUAUUUCUUAUGGUGACUUUUUGGAAAAGCAAUAAUAAAUACAUUAUUGAUCAUGAUGACAAGAAAUCGUUACAUAUGCCGAAAUUAAUAAAAUUAAAUUAAUUAAAAACAAUAAAAAUUUAAAAAAAAAUUUCCUAAAAAUAUUUGUCUAAAAAUUGGAGUAUUUUGUAAUUACGGUUAUGCUUUAAAUGAAAAACAUUUGCAUAGGCAUUGUUAGCAUUUACAAAACGAAGUACCAUUCUUAAUGUAUUGCUUUCGAAGUAUUUAUAAUUUUUUGUUCUAAUCAUUUGUUUAAUUUUUUAUUUUUAUUUUUUUUAUUUUUAUUUUAUUUUUAUUUUUUUUAUUUUUUUAUUUUUAUUUUUUUUUUUUUUAUUUUUUUUUAUUUUAUUUUUUUUAUUUAUCAAUUUUUUCGUCAACAAUGCCACCACGUUCAUCUACAAUAAGAUCGCUUUACUUUUGUAUAUAUGUGUGUAUAUAUGUAAUUGUACAAUGCAUUAUACGUCGUAUGUAUGCAUUUUACAUUCAAACCACAUACAAUCUAACAAUCUAUAAAAAGUAAUGGAUACAAUUAAAAAUUAUAUAAAAAAAUGGAUAUGAAAUGCAAACUACUUCAGGCUCGACAGAUUCCUAUUAAAUUUAACAAUUAUAAAUAAUAAAUCAAAUGUCAAAUAAUUGCAGUAGAAGAGGACAUACGUACAUAUACACUCACGUAAAUUUACUACAUAAUCUUAGGUAAUAUUAAUAAUGACAAAAACAACAACUUUAAUUGAAAGUAAUAAGAAAAACAAAGCAAUGAUUUUAUGUACAUACAUACAUAGUAUGCAGCUCGGCUAGGAAUCAUGCGACCUCAAAGUUUUGAGAGUAUUCUUGUACAUACGUAUGCAUACAAUUACAGUAGUGUGAGUUGAAAAUGUCAGUUAUUUUAUGAUUUCUCGAUUUUUGUCGUACAUUAUAUUAUAUUUAUGUUAAAUCCGGGUUUUACUUAUCAACAAGUAUUAAGUAAGCAGUUCAAGUUUGCAGCAGAGAAAAGCCUAUGUUUGGCGACUGCUUUACAUUUGACUCACUUUUAUUAAUGAAGUUUACUAGAUGAGAUUUAUUUUUAUUAAUUCUUUAUUAACUCAUUAUCACCACAAUUUAUAGGUGUACGUAUUUUAACAGUAAAAUAUUGGGUAGACUUAUGCACAUGCUUAUACACUUACUUUUGAUGCCUCUAAAUUUGUUGCUCUCUCUCUAAAUCUUUUCGAUAAUGAUGAACACCAAAAACUCAACACAAUAGAAAGCAAUAUACACAUACUUACUUAUAAUCAAUGUCUAAAGCGAAAAUUUAACAGAUUCCCAAAUCGAGACUUGCACCGAUAUAAAGUGCAUAGUUGUAAUAGCGCGAGGUACAGACAGACUGAAAUCGGGAGGGGCGUGAUAGGUAGUAGCCAAGUGAGCAGCUGUAGCGCCGUUUGCGGCACUUUAGCCGAUACUAAUGCCUAUAUUUAUAUAAAAGCAAACAUAAUUGAUUAACACCAACCAACAAAUAAAUUAAUUUAAUAAAAUGAAAAAGAUGAAAACAAUAAGAACUUAAAGGCAGUAACAACCACAUUGUACACAUAAUGAAAAAAAUCUAAUUUUUUAGCGUAGACAAAAACAAAAAAAAAUUAAAAGAAAACAAUGUAUUUGUAGCUUUUUUCUUCCAGACCAAGAGCAGUGUGUUUUUUAUUGAAACAUUAAAAGUAUAUGGAAUGCUCUUAUUAUGCUAAUAAUAAGUUCAACUUUAAAUGAAAAUUAUAGUUGUUAAUUAAAAAUCGUAAGUGUGCGUUUGUGUUAGAGUUUAAAAAAAGCAAAACAAAAAAAUACAAAAUUUGAAAUUUUUAAUUUAUAGAAAUACAUAUUGAUUACUUUAAUUUCUCUUUAUUAGUAUUUAUAUAAGUUACAAGCCUGUGCAAGUAUAAUAAAUGCGGGUAAAAAGAGUUUUUAAACUUACAAAAUAUGCAAGAAUGUGUGAAAAUAAGUUUCAAGCAACAAAAAAGAUAAAUAAUAAAUUGCAUUGUUCGUUGAUUUUUAAUAAUGUGUAAUUUACCAGUAUAUAUAUAUAAUAAAUUAGAACUUACCUUUAUAAUUACAUAUAAACACAAGUACAUACUCAAGUGUGUAACUUCGUAAUAAGUUGAGUUACAUAUAAAAUAUACAAAUUAGUUAUUGUGUUAUGCGCGUAAUUAUUUUUUCUUUAGUUUUCACUUAUUAGCAAAUAACAUUUAUUUUACUUCAAAAUUAAACAUACAAAAUGUAUGAAAAAAAAAUAUAAGAACUUACUGCAACAUACAAAAGGAAAUUAUUAAUGAAUUCAUUAAGUUAAGUACCGAUAAAAUAAUAAUAAAUUAAAUAUAUACAUAGUAAUGAGUAAAAUUGUAAGAAAAGUUAAUCACGAUUUCCCCCGCAUACAAGAUAAUUCAUUUAUAUACAUACAUGCAUAUACAUACAUACAUAAUGAUCCUUUCCCAUACAAAUUAUAAUAGAAAAGAACAAAAACAAUAAGUAUAGCGUACAGAAGACACGCUUUAACACACAUAAAUCCUCUCUAGUAUUUACUUUGAGCAGAAAUUUAUAUAAAAGCAAAAAAAAAAACAAAAACUCAAACAAAUAACGUAACAUUUUAUGAAGUGAAAAGAAAUUACAAGUUAAUAGUGAAGCUAAGUUUAAACUACUUAUAAAAAUGAAAAACAAAAAUAAUUAA